AUGGCUUCAUUCCUCGAGGAGCUUUGGAAUUCCAUUUUUACGCCGGGCCCGACGCCGACACUAUUGGUCGCUACGAACGCCGCGUUCGCUGCAUUGCAGCUCCUCCUCCUAGUCCUCCUCAUCGCAACUUACUCGUUGCAUUUCCUGGUGCUAUCGAUUCUGUGCGGUGGGCUUUGGUAUUCUAUCAAUUGGUUUGCUACCGAGAUUGCGAGGGAACAACAAGCGCAAAAGGCCAAGGAGAAGAAAGAGAAGAGCCCCGAGCCAGACAAUGCUAGUGACACCGAGACCGAGGCUCCUCCACCCGACGCGCCGGCGAAGCGGGUGCCGUCAACGGCGACAACAACAUCAGCUGCUUCAAGUCAGAGUCAGAAACAUGAGCAGCCAAAGGACAGCUCGGCGUCCCUCCUAGAACCAAAGAUGGCGGAGAGUACCGAGGCGCUCAGACGCCGGCGCAGCUUGGGCGAGAGCUCCGGCUACGUGAGUACCGACAGUGAGUGGGAGAAGGUGUCCGAAGGGGAAGAAAAGGGCAAGUAA